CCUCGCGUUUGUGUACGUGUGUUAAGUUCAGUCAGCAGGCAGCGAUUUGAGUGAAUGCGGUUCUCUAUAAGUCUUAUAAUGAAAGCCGCUCUCAACCGCUUUCACACACUCAGCCACAGAAAGCGGUGGAGCUUUACGUCUCUCUGCUGAUGAAGUAAGUUACCAAAGCAGACACCUGAAACGGUUUCUCCAGAGAUAUUUGCCUCCAGAAGAUUAAAAGUGCGUCUGAAUGAGCUCAGCUAUGGCGACGCGACUCUCUGACCUGUUUGGAAACAGCCGGAUAAUUGCAGGACUGCUGGUCAACUUACUGUCAUCGAUCUGUAUAGUGUUCAUCAACAAAUGGAUCUAUGUGCACUAUGGCUUUCCCAACAUGACCAUGACUCUCAUUCAUUUCGUAGUGACAUGGCUGGGGCUGUUUAUGUGUCAGAAGAUGGAUAUAUUCUCCCCCAAGAGUCUCAGACCUUCUAAAAUCAUCCUGCUGGCUCUGAGUUUCUGUGGUUUUGUUGUUUUCACAAAUCUGUCCCUCCAAAGCAACACGAUAGGAACAUACCAGCUGGCCAAGGUCAUGACAACACCUGUGAUCAUAGUCAUCCAGACCUUGCACUACAGAAAGACAUUUUCCACAAAGAUUAAACUGACUCUAGUGCCGAUCACUUUAGGGGUCAUACUGAACUCUUACUACGACGUGAAGUUCAAUCUUCUGGGGAUGAGCUUUGCCACACUUGGGGUCUUCGUAACCUCGCUGUAUCAAGUGGACCCUUUGUCCUUAAACCAAGGUCUGGGCAUCCUCUGCACCCUCAGUGGCAUCCUGGCAUACACCCAUUUCAAACUGGCAGAGCAGGAGGAGGGCAAAAGCAGGCUCACACAGAGGCCAUAG